GUCAUAUUCCGAGCACGCUGUUGGAAAAAUGGAGAACAAAAUUAUCGCUGCUGUUUGUAGACACCCAGUACUUUAUGAUACUUCCAGUUACUAUUACAGGGACCGCACGAAAAGAUAUAUGGCCUGGAGAACGGUGAGCGAGGAAGUUGGCGUGUCCGAGGAGGAUUGCCGCAGAAAAUGGAAAUGUCUAAGGGACACUUAUUUGAGGAAGAUUCAACAGAAGAAGAAAUGGAAGCACUUGAUAGCUCUCUCUUUUCUUGACGCCUUUGUGUCACGGCGACCGAAGCGUGGUAACCUUAAAGUUCCUCUGGGGGGCGACGAACAUACCACAUCAAAGGGCGAGGGGGCACAAGAGGUUGCUCCAGAGCCUGGAAAGUGGAGAUUUGAGUGGAGCGCUAUAGAGAGUGUGAAGGAACUAAAGGAGAACGAGCAUCUUCUGCCUUGUUUGAAACAGCGUGCCUCCUCUGCUCCAGCUCCAGCCCCGUCACUCUCAGAAGAUGAGCUGUUCAUGAUAAGUCUGGCUCCCAUGUUGCAACGAUUGCCAGCCCAGCAGAAGGAUUGUGUCAAAUUUCAAGUUCAUAAAUUAAUUUAUGAAGCACUACAAAGUUAAAUUUGGGAUUAUUGGAAUAAAUGUCUGGGUCACAAUGCUUGCCAGGAAGGAGCCAGGCUCAGUUUGUUUAUUUUUGUGUCCAAUUUUCUGUUGUUCUUUUCUUGUAAGUAUAUAUCUUUACAAUAUACUCACUUAAAGUUUGAUUUAGAAAGUAUAUUUCAGUAUUGAUCUGCAGUGUACAAACAGUUGUAAUAAUAAUUUUGGUUCUGAAAAAGGUACAAUUGCAGGUUUGAGAUCAAAAGUGUGGGUGGCCCUCAAAAGAGCCAUUUUAGGUUGUGCCGGUGUAUCUAUCAGCUGAGAAGUAGGAGUUGAAACCCUCCCUCACCCUGAGUGGUUGGCGGCACAACUUCACAGAACUGGUAGUGGUUGGACGUCUGGGGCUUCUUAUCCACCCCACCGUACACCAGGCUCGGUAUUUUAGGUUGUCUCCAUAAAAUGUCAUAGUGUGUUAAUAUGAAUGUUUGAUGAAGUUUCCUAAAUAAUUUGUGACUGAGGCUCACAAAGUUUACAUUUGUGCUUGAAAGGAAAGGAAAGGAAACGACACGACAGGACAGGACAAGAAAGGACGUGCUGCAAAAUGGGGGCCAGGCUGCCACGGAAAGGACGCGCUGCAAAAUGGGGGCCAGGCUACCACCAUUGACUGCUCACUGUUGUCAUUUGUAUGCCGAGCUCACACGGUUCCUCCCUCAUGUUGUGUCAGGAAUGUUCACGUAUGCGUGUUUUGUCAUGAUAACACGGGUGUGAACACACCGCCGUGACGCGGCUCGAUGUGGAGUGAAGUUGCUCCCCUACAAUGGAAACAUAACGGACAGUGGAAACGAACAACAUGACGGAUGCAGACGUGUCUUCGCCAAGUGGCGGCUACGACGCAGAGCAGUUUGUGGACCCUCCAGACUACGAUCUCAUCUGCACCAUAUGCCAGGGGGUCCUGCGGUGCCCCGUUCGAGCGGCGUGCCACCACAUCUUCUGCAAGAAGUGCAUUUUACAGUGGCUUAAGAGACAGGAGACUUGCCCCUGCUGCCGAAAGCCAAUUAACGCGUGCAUGAUCUUUGUCAUGUUCAAACUCAGCAAGACGAUAGGACGCAUGAAGAUAAAGUGUAAGAAUGAGAUCCGUGGUUGCGCGGAGACAUUCGCCCUCUCGGAGCAGUAUUGCCACAGCCUGAGCUGCUUGUUCGAGCUGGUCUCCUGCCCGUACCCAGGGUGCCGGGCGCAGCUCCUCCGGCGCGACCUAGAGACCCACGCUCGCCACUGCGAGCACUGGCGCCAGCCCUGCCACAUGGGCUGCGGCACCGUGCUCUCCCACCGCACGCGGACUCAGCACAACUGCUACAUGCAGCUCAAGCUGCACUACCAAGACAAGAGCAGGAACCACGGGGCCAUCGCUGUCGCCCUGCAGAGGAAGAUGAGGAGGAUGCAGAACACCAUGACGCACAUGAUGAGGCAAAUCGGGCUGAUAUGUGAGAGUCUGCAGGCGAUGGAUGAGCUGCACAAGGUGGAGGAGGACUUGGGAGAGGGCAGCUCCAGAUCCACAGGGAGCAGAUUUACCAGCGACGGCUGACAGUUGAAGGAAGAAUGUCUUUAUUUCAUAGGUGUUGUGUGUUGGAAUAUGCAGAUAGGUUUAUCACACAUGAAAGUGAGUGAAUGUGGGACAUUGUUGUGCUCUUUUUCAUAUUUAUUUUGUAAAUAAAACUAGGAUUACCAAACGUAA